ACUAGGUGGCAUAGUAGAUCUAAGAAUGGUUUGUGUGAGCCAGCGUUAGGGGAGAGAUGAGAGCGGAAGUUCGGGUUUAGAGUGACUGCUGCUUGGCUAAUAAAACACAGUUGAAGGAGUCAUUGCCUGACUACUACUUGCUUUUCUACUCCACACAACACUAUGGGUGACAUUUAGCGUCCCUUCCGCGCUACACGGUAUGCGUUAUGGAAGCCAAGUUUACUGUGUAGAUGGGCAUGCACUCCUGUCAGAACUGUUUUGUUGCAGCGAACGCAGUCCUCGAAACCACACACACACACCUUUUUUGUGUACAGCCAUUUGGGAUUCAUAAACGGCCUAAACCCUAGACCUGGACUCUGCAUCUCUUUUUUCCCCACACUCACCUGAGCACCAAAUAGUGUCCUGAUCCGACACCCUGAAGUGAUUGCUGCCACGCCUAUAGAUCCAUACACAUCCUCUGACACAAAAAUGAUGUCAAAUCAUCUAAGCAGUAAGAACAGCCUGCCAGCAAAGACAGACUACAUCGAUUACUGAGCCACUGGCUUACUCACUCUUUUGCACUUUUCCUCCAUGGACAUCGCAUCUGAACUGUGUGAGGAGCUCUUCUCCUGGCUGAAGCUGAGGAAACUCUGUAAGCAACAGCUCAUGGCUCUGGCUCGGAAGCUGGAGAAUCUACGUGAGGAGAUGAACAAAGGUCAGGUGGUAACAAAUAGUUUUCAAGUGGCUGGGGGAACUGCACUGGUUGGGGCGGGGAUUCUCACUUUGUGCACAGGGGGGGCCGCUGCCCCAUUCCUGGCCCUGCUGGGAGUGGCUAGUGUAAUCUCUGCCACAACAGUCGACGUGUUUCUCAAGCUGGCGGAAACCUGGAGUUCAUGCAGUACGAUGAAGACUGCGAAAGGGAUCAUCCAGAAAGAUGAAGAGAUUGGGAGGAACAUCCAGAGGCUCCAGGAGAGACUGUUGGAGACAUGUGGAGAGCAGGCCCGUGGAGCUUCUUCCUCUGAUGGGAAACACGAAGCAGCUGUGUAUAUGUUGAAGGCCAUAGGCAUACAAAGUGGGAUACAGUUGCAAGACGCCUUGUAUCAGAAUCUCAUCUUUGUAGUUGGAUCUGCUGCAGCUGAUGGAGUGAAAAAGAGCCUACUGGCACCUGCUAUCUUGACAAAUAUAGCAUUCACCCUAACUAUGGCAGUGAUAACGGAUAUUGGAUUCAUAGGUCUGAAAUCUGCUGCUAAAGGAUCGGCAAAGGUCGUGGCUAACUGUACCGCUCAGGCGCUUGGUGGAGCAUUAGGGCUGGCAAUAUCGCUCCCUGAGCUCAUUAAAAACUGCAAUGAAAUGGUGGGAAAUAAUCAUGUGACCGAGGCCAGCCAAGCCCUGAGAGAGGCAGCCCAGGCCAUUGAGCAAGCCAGACAGGAGCUGAAGACGAAAUUGGAUGCUAUCCAGAAGAAGUUAAGAGACAUUGCCAGAGUGAGGGACCACCUCAGAAACUUGGGACCAUACAAGUCCAGCAUAAGUGAAAGUGACGAGGAGAUAGUGAAAUACGCGAUGGAUAACUGCAACAGUGAUGUAAAGCAAUGGCUACAGGGCCAGUUUCAACAAGCAAUGUUUCUCAACCUUUUUCGAUUUUUUAUGAAUGAUCUCCUUAAUACACUGAAGGAAAGGGAAGAAGAGAUUCAGCGGAAGGCUCGGAAUGAGCACAUUCACCUUGUGUUUGUUGCUCAUGGUAACAUCACCAGCAACUUCUUGCCAGCCUGCUAUCUAAUGCCAUUCCAAUCCAUUAAGGACGUAAUCCUGUACUCUCCAUGGAACUGAUUGAUGCGAAAGCUGCUUGUGGCAUAGCAACAGGUCGUAUCAAACCUAACCAGAGAGUCUUCCAUAACUACUAUCGCAAUCAUAUUCCCAGUGACCUGCCCCAAAGCUGGAAUUCCAUGCGCUCUGCUGGGAGUGACAAAAUACCAAAGAUCCUUCUCAACGCGGUUGGAAGCGAUGAAGAGGUAUGGCGUAAAUUCAGUAGCCUGAAGAAUUCACACAAACUCAAAGUCGAAGACCGCAUCAUUUUACCGUACUUAGUACCGCCAGACGUGGGCAAAAACCUAUUCCCUGAGGUUCCCUUCGAAGUAAUCACUUGCGUCGUGGCGUUCAUAUUUAUGUUCUUUACCAGACUAAAAGUCACCAUUCACCUGGCGGCCUGUUUGAGUUCACGACCGGAAAACUUUGUUUUUGGGCAGUGGUCAGGACAGUACGCCUGGGUUUACGACAAUACCUGGAUGACCACAAAUUACAUGGAUUUCGAUGAAGACGUGGAGUUGUAUGAUGCUUUCAGAGCUUUAUUUGGUGAGGUAUCGUGACAUCCGAACCGGCAUCAGAGCAUCCGAAGCACACUCCGAUACCAACGGAGACGAUAGCAAAUAAGUCAAACAAGGCUACAUAAAUGGAUGCCGAUGACUAGAUAAUGUAAUUUUGGCAACAAUUUAUCCAGGCAGUGUCAUCCUCAAGACAGCAUACAUUACAAGUAUCCCCCAUUUUUACGAAUGCUCUGCUCACAAAAUUUCACAUUAAGGAAGUUGAUAAAUUAGGGGCAUUUUUUUCGUGUAACAGAAUCUGCAGGAUGAAAGGGGUGAACAAUUUUCACAUUCCUCACUGCCAAAAUGAGUAUUCAUACAGAUGACUUCAUGAAAAUUUUAUUCGGCAUUGCCGUUUUUAGCGGUGUUACCACGUGACAUGAAUAGCCACUCGAAGAUUCUGAAUGGGCAAAACAAACUUACCACGAUUUAGAACAUCAAACCUACACCGAUUGAACAAAUUAAAUAAAUGCACGCCGAGAUUGCGGGUAGGCUAAUGAAAUACGAGACACUUUGUCAAUAAUUUCCAUGGCAGACUUUGAAAUUGAACUUUCUAGCCAUGCAGGAGAAGGGGCCACGGUAAUUGUUGGAAUUGGAAUGGGAAUGGAAAUUCGUAACGCCACAGAUGAACUAGACAUUCAAAGUCUUAACAUAACAUGCACAAUUACAUGCCGUCUAAACACACUAAUGCGCAAUCACUUUCGAACUAAGGGCUUCAAAAUUCACAAAACUCAUCUUCAAUUAUGUAUUUUAACUUUUAGAACGAAACCUCCUCUAUUCGGCGAGUCUCUGUUAAACAUAGAUAUUAUUUUCUACAGUUUUUGCAAAUCCCAUUCAUUUUUCCCGUAGGGAUUUUGGACUCCACCCCAAAUGUCGGAAAUGCUAACAAAUGCUUAAAGCCUACAAAAUGAAAUCAUGUGGGAGAAACUAACCCCAGCCUGGGCCAGUUGGACUGAGUGUUCCCACCACGCUGUUGAUUAGAGCCCGACCGAUAUAUCGGCCAUCAUUUGACUUUUUUGACGAUAUCGGGAUCGGCAGUUAUGCAGCCGAUGUGUCCCGAUUUUUUAAUAAUUAUAAUAAACAAAAAAAAACAAAAACAUUGAUUAUUUUUCUGUACUUGUCUGUUCGAACGUUGUAAUUGCUAUUUACUAGAAUUAUCCAGUAGAGGGAGCUCUAAUACAAGUGUGAACUGCAGCAGCUGACGCGCUACUUCUGUAAUAAGACGUUUGUCACUUGUGCCUCAUCCAAUAUUCUCCACCGCAAGACUUGUCUGCACAGAUUCGAUUGCCACAAUAAAGGUAUGUAUAUUUAGUGAAAGUUUUUAAUUAAAUGCGUUUAUACGACCACUAUGUUUAUCAAUCCUCAUUAUCAAGCGAGCGAGCUGGCUAACACAUUUGGUUCACUUUAGCAAGCUAGCUGGCUAGCAAGCCUUUAUGAAGUGGCAGUGAGCACAUAAGCAGCGUAGGAUUUACAUUUCCAGAGGACAUCGCUGUAUUCUCAAAUAAAUAACCAGCCAAAAUAAAAUGGUGAUUGAAUGCAUCACACAUUUGUUUUUUUAUCUGAGAUGAUAUUAGCUACUAUAUGAUGCUGUGUCGAUAGCCAACGCGGUAUUGCAAGCGAGUGUGUCUUCUAGUCACGCUCAUCGUAGCAAGCUAACCAGACAGUAAAAACGCUGAUAAAACACUUCUAACGUCGAUCAUUUUAAGCCAUGUUAUCUAGCUUUGUCGUGAUAACAUGAGAGAAGGAUUGCUGUUGGGAGAAGUGAAUCAACCAACAGUUAGCACGGGUAACCUGCAUGAAAGCGCAUUGUACAUUUCAUCCAGUCAAUUUAAUUUCAUCUAACGUUACACUUGAUUCACUCAUUAGCUCCGCUAGAUAAUGUCUUACUCUUUGAGAUCAUGUAGUAGAAAUAAAAGAAAAAAAUGUAAUUCAUUUAACUUACUGAGAAUAUAUAAUAAGAAAUAAUGAGGCUGUGUCAAUAGCUAAUGCGGUAUUGCGAGUGUCAUCUAGUCAGGCGUCAGAGCGCAUUGCAGUUAUUUUCACCACCAAAUUCUUAUGGACAGGGAAGCUCGCUAGAUGAAGUCUUACUCUUUGAGAUCAUGUAGAAGGAAUAAAAUAAGAAAAUAUAAUUAAUUUACUGAGAAUAGAUACUAAGAAAUAAUAAAUUAACAACAACAACAAUAAUAAUACUAUUUAUAAAAAUGUUUGAAACUGGAAAACUGAUUUUAAAUUAAUUUUUUAUAGACGUCUGGAAAAGAAAGUAAAAGCAAGGUGUGGAGUUAUUUCACACACUUAAAGAUGGUGUUAAUAUAUAUAUAUAUAUAUUUAAUAUCAUCUUUUGUUUGUGUGUUUAUUUUUAUUUAUAUUUGUUUGCUUAUAAGUGAAAUGUUCUUAAAUGUAGAAACUUUAAUAAAAUAGUUUUUCAAAUUGAUUUGAAAAUGUUGCAUUUUUGACAAAAUAUCGGUAAAAACAUUGGUAAUCGCUGGGCUAGGACUCUCCAAAAUCGGGAUCAGCAUCGGACCCAAAAAUCUGGCAUCGGUCGGGCUCUACUGUUGAUGCCUUCUUCAAAACCAAACACAUUACACAGAGUCUGAUGUAAUUGGGUUUAUUGUAUAUGACUCAAAGUUACAUACAAGAAACCUGGCUGGUCCAAGCUCUGAGCUCAACUCUGAACACACUUCUUUUAUACUGUUUUCUAGCUCCUCCUGUUGUGGAGCUUAAACUCAAACCCCUCCUACAGGUUCACACCACACACCAUUUCCCGUACACCAUUAUUUCUCAUUGUGGGCUUUGUUCCCGCUCCACACCAUUCCCACCAUUAUUUCCUCACUCCCCACUCUGUUCUAUAAAAAAUAAACGGUUAUUCACUCUGAGCUAACUUUGACCUAUCUUGCAUAUGGCAUGCACUGGUACUACGAUUUACUACUUGGACGCAGUAAUUUAAUAAGUAAUAGGGAUACAUAUAAAUGAUAAUGAUAUAUAAUGACUAUGAACUCCUCUCUACCUUCCUUCCACAAUCACCUCACCACUCAAUGGGCCAAUUUACUUCUGCUUCUCCAAAUGGUUUUGGUAAAUAGCCUGCUAUUGUACCACUCUAUCUGGAAACCAGGUAACUUAAAACUGUCCUUGUCAAUUAAACAUCCCACACUGAAAUAAUAGCAAAAAAAAAAAACAGUGUGUACUAACCCUUUAAACAUACAGUCUGUACAUUUUGUGUCAUGUAAUGUAAUUUAAUCUGUCCAGACUGUCCACUAGAUAAACCGCUAGUAAAUCACUCUCAAAACAAUGGAUACAUUAUGAUUACGUGAAACCACCGUAGGAUCGUGGGAAUUGUAAUAAUAAUAUUGCCAAAUAAUAAGUAACUAGCAUUGCGAGGUAGCCUAUGCAUUAUAUUGUGCUCACUGGCUAGCUAUCAAUGGAAAUGUACAAUAUGUAGGGGCUAUAUUCCGUAAUAUUCUUGUCUCAAAAUGGAUAUGAUGAGCAAAGACCUUUAAAUGACGUGACAUCUGGAAGGCUCUCUGGUAACACUACAUGUCGAUGCAGAAAAUUAUGAAUUUCCCUGAAAAUGUUCAAAAACGUUUGUGAUAAUGGAAGGUACUUACUCAACAAAAUAUAUAACAUAGGUAUAGUAUAGUAUAGUUUUGGGAACGUUUAAUGUGAAAAUGUCACAUAUUAUACCUGUUGUCUUAAUUUCAGUUUUACUAUUUUAUUUGAUGUAUUUCUUUUAUUCAAAGUGUUUUAUGGAAAGCGCUUUGUGUGCCAUGUAAGGAAAGCACUCUACAAAUAAAGUAAUUAUUAGAGUUUAGCCUAAGAGAGAGAGCAAUGAAGAGAGGGUUGAAAUAAACUGAGACUGUUUUCCACCUGCCAAACAGAUUAUGACAAAGAGAUUGCGUAAGGAUUUUCUUUUAUUUUUAAGGUAUCCUUCUAAAUCUUUCUUUUUGUGUUCAUACUCAAAUGUUGCAUUUCUUAAAGAAUGCACUUGUAUGCAGUGUAACUGAGACUGUAUGUACAUGUCAAAUGUCUUCUCAUAACUGAUGAAUGAUGCCUAUCAUUAAUUUGCUUUCAUAAUAAAUUGUUCAUUUGACACA